AUGAGAUACUGUAGUCUGAACUCUCUGCCGGUCAACGUCUUCGCCAAUUUGAACAAGCUGGAAUUCCUAGAUCUAAGUGAAAAUCCCAAUAUUGUUCCCACUCUCGGUGUUCUUGUCCAUCAGAAGUCCCUGACGACUCUUAGACUUUCCUACAUGGGUUCCUUAUUGACAGACAUACCUAAUGCAAUAUCAGGAAUGGAAAAGCUGGUAGAACUUGACUUAAGAAAUAAUAGAAUACGAGGAGUAAAUAAUGGUCAAUUUGCCAAACUAACACAGUUAAAGAAACUCAUCCUGAACAACAAUAAAAUUACUUCUCUUGACCCGCUGUCGUUCCAAAAGUGUGACCAUAUGGAGGAACUGUAUCUACAUUAUAAUCUUAUACACGAAGUUAGCGCGAUCCUUUUUUCCGCUCAAUCCCUGAGAAAUCUUAACCUGAACGGAAAUAAAUUUGACACAUUUGACAAGUGUACAGUUGCAAACUUACUGGCACAUCUUCAGAUGUUCUACAUUUCAAGCGAUGCUUUCAUUUGCGAUUGUCGUUUGGCCUGGGUUCGAGAACUGUCGAUGGCUUUCGGCUCAAGGGUAAGUUUUAGUGGAGUGUGUUAUCUACCAACGGAGCUUUAUGGUGAGUCAGUGACUUCAUUUAUUCUGAGAUAUUGCAGUUCGGAAGAUGAAAGUUUUGAAAGUUGCAACACUAUCUCAAGUACUCCACCCAAUACAAAGACGGAACACCCGACAGAAGUUUUAAACCGCUCCUUCAUCAAUUCAGCUCAAAUAUCCAGUCUCCAAAAGGACCUCAGCAGCGUUCAAACUAUCACAAAUGUGUCGGUAUCUGUCGCGGUUGUCGCCAUCGUGGCAUUCGUCGCUACUCUUGCCGUAUGGCUGACAUGUUUUUUCAAGCGUCGAAACCGAGAGACUUCAAAGAGGAGGUGCCAGGGUCACGUCAAUCAUGGUCUAGAGCUAUCGGAAAGAGGCCAGGGUGAAAGGUCACCCGAAGGUCUAAGUUCUGGAGAUAAUUUGUAUCAGAACACGGAUGGGAUGGCCAGCAGGGCCCCCAACUAUGAACCUCUGAGGAAAGAUGGGCGGGGUUUGAAACAGCAUAGAGGCCAUUAUGCCUCCUCUCCUGUAGUUCAUAAGUAG